UUCAUGCUUGACAUAAAAUGUCAAUGUUCUCGCGAAGCCAAAGUAAAAUUAAAUCCCUCAGGGGAAUCCACAUAAAUGUUCCACUGUUAAAAUUUAAUCCCUUGGUGUACGCACCCCCCUACAAACGUGACGCUGUCACCAAGUUCAGGGUUGGUAAUCGAGAAGUUGUCGGCUAUGGAUGGAAUGGAGAACCGAAUUAUGGCGACAGAAGCCUCUUUCCUUUUCCGUCGAUAAGAUAUAAGGAACCUACCCAAGAAAUAUUGGCACUACGUGAGAGAGAAAAAGGUAAUUGGAAACUACUUUCGAAAGAAGAUAAGAAAGCCCUGUAUCGAGCCUCUUUCUGUCAAACGUUUGCCGAAUUCUCAACACCAAGACCUGGAGGAUUCUGUGAGGUUAUAGGUUGGACUCUGAUGUGGCUUUCUGUUGGUUUAUGGAUCUCUAUAGGGAUUCAAUAUUAUGUGAAUCCUGAACUUCCCGAUAGCUUCACACCAACUAGAAAAAGGGCUCAGAUGCGUCGACAGAUUUUAUUACAAGUCGACCCGGUGUUUGGAAUGGCAUCUAAUUGGGAUUACGAAAAAAUGGAUUGGAAAAAAGUUGGGUGGUUCACACCUCCGAAUCCAUUCAUCAUAUGUCCUGAUGAUCUUGAUGAAGACGAUGAAGAGAAUGAAUCUUAAAUAUAGAAAUGUUUUCAUUUCAAAUGAUCGAAUUGAGGUAUUAUGUCCUGCUGAUGAAUGUUAAUUUUGUCCUUAUUCUAAAAUCCAUUACGCAUCGCAAGAAGAAGAUUUUUCAUUUUCUAUGAAAUAUUGGAAUUUUAUAGUCAAUAUGAAAAUGUAGUAAGUAAAAGAGAAACUAA